AUGCUUGGUGUCACCUCCUUCACCGCUGGCUUGACCAUAUUUGCUGAUCAGGACUUAGACUUGUGGCAGAAUACCAGCACCUGUUUGAUAGAUGUGGACCUUUCUGUGCCUCAACCUGGUUCCAGCUUCAUCCACUGGCCUUCAUGGCUUUCUGUUCCUGCUUCCAUAGACUGGAGGGAUCGUGGCUAUGUCACUGGAGUCAAGUCUCAGACACCUCAAUGUGGAGCCUGCUGGGCCUUCAGCGCUGCUGGAGCACUGGAGGGGCAGUACUUUGCAAAGGCUGGUCAGUUAGUUUCUCUGAGCGCGCAGCAGCUGGUGGACUGCUCUCAGGCUUAUGGAAACAAUGGCUGUAGUGGUGGUCUGCCAACGUACGCUUUCAACUACGUGAAAGCGUUCGGGAUAGAAUCGGACGCCGCAUACCCUUACAACGCUCAGGACAACCCUUGCAAAUUUGACCCGGGAGAAGUGGUUGCAAUAUGUACUGGUAUAGUUCCUCUCCCACGAGGGAGCGAAGUGGACUUGAUGAAUGCUGUAGGCGUGGUCGGACCUGUGUCAGCAGGGAUGGAUGCUUCACACCCCUCCUUUCAGCUCUACGUAGCAGGCGUGUACGAUGAGCCAAACUGUAGUAGCACAAGACUGACCCAUGAUGUCCUGAUCGUGGGCUACGGAAAUUACCGGGGGCAAGACUACUGGCUGUUGAAGAACAGCUACGGUGUCAAAUGGGGAAUAAAUGGCUACAUGAUGCUGAGCAGGAACAAAAACAACCACUGUGGCAUUGCUAGUUUAGCAAGCUAUCCCCAGGUCAAGAAAAAGCCAAGCCUUCACUCUUCUCCGACCAUCUGAUGCACAAAUAACCGGGAUUUGAAAAUCAUCUUUGACACCUCCAGCCUCUUCGCUAGGUGUGAAAUUCACUUCUCUCUAAA